CUGUUCCCAUAUCUUUACAUCAUCUCGCGGCAGUCUCCAUACUAUACAUAUUUGGCUACUUGACUACUACUGCCACCAUCAAGUAAACCCAACCAUAAAGAAUUGACUAAUUGUUCAUAAGUACAUGGAGCGCUUAAUUUUACAAAAUGCAACGCUGUUGAAUAUGGCUGUUCGCAGCAUGGGUCGUACAAAUGAAUAUGGUCCGCUAAAAGUAUUCUUUGCGAUUGCUCAAACGCUACUCAUUGUCGUGUGCUCACCCAUAAUCAUUCAUGAACGAGAUCAGCCUAUGGUGAAGUAUCGCUCAUGGACGAUUAACUUGGCUGCAUGUCUUGCGAUUACCAUUCGCUCAAUCAUAGAUGCUUGUACAUCAAUGGAUGGGUGGGUGGAUUAUGAAACAUUGCCCUUUACCUUUUGGCUCAAAAAUAUUUGUCUCUUGUACCUUCUUUAAUGUAUAUGAAUGGUUCACUGAUCAACUUUUACCAUUAUUUUGUGUUUGCGAUCGGGUGGCUUACAUCUUGACUGUCUACAUAAACUCAACAGUCACUAUUACGGUAUGCUCAUAUGGCCCCAUAUACCUGCGACAUUACUAUCUCCUCAGACUGCCUGUGUUGCAGACUCAACUGUUCAACUAUGAAACAAUGGUGGAUCCAGAAAAAUACAAGAAACUUUCAAGGUCGCUGGUUCGCACAAAGUUUUUGUCUAGCGAGGCUGGUGCAUGGAUGUUCUUUGCAAUCAACUUUAUCCCGCUGAUGGGGAUUGGCAUAUACUAUCUC